AUGAAGAGCUACUUUCCCGAGGAUAUAGCCAUUUACCCUGGCAGGAGUGCAGCACACUGCGAGCUACGCCGAAAAUUUCGCAAAGUUGCUUUCGACGCCAUUCGGAAGAUUGCACAAGAGGGCAAAACGGUCCUUAUGACGACAUGUCUUGUAGACAGUGAGGCAGACAUCAGAACUUUUGAAGAGCAUAUAUCCAUAGUCCGCGACACGUGUAUACCGAUAUAUUGGCUCAAUCUUGGAUGCGACAGAGAUGUUCUAGAAAAGCGCGUCAUAAGUAAGGAACGGCGAGAAGGGGGCAAAAGCAAGUUGACAGAUGCCAGCGUCCUGCGUCAGAUAGUGGAGGAUCAUAAGCUUCUGAACCCACGUCCAUAUGACUAUGAGCCUGUGAGGCUAAUCGCCGAGUCGAUGGAUACCAAAGCCCUGUGGUUGCCUGGAGCAGUUGAUGUAUCACUGCUGACUCGUAUGGCGAACAAGAAGAAAAAUGACAGCGGUGUCGGCUGA